AUGUCUACGCCAAGUGACCUCCAACAACUCAUUGACAUGGGUUUCGAUCAAGAAAGAGCCCAGAUCGCUGUAAAGAAGACGGGUGGAUUGAACGGAGCGUUACAAUGGCUCGAGGAUAACGAGAACAAGACGAUUGAAGAAAUCCAAGCCGCGGAAGCUGCAGCGGCACCGGAGUCUGAUGAGACCAACCCCAACAUUGAGCCGGCGCCGCUCAAGGAGGGAGAGGAGGCCAAAUCAAUGGUUUGCACUGAUUGCGGCAAGAAGUUCCGUUCAAUGUUACAGGUUCAAGCUCAUGCUGAGCGAACUCAACAUGAGAACUUUGAGCAAUCUACCGAGGAAAUUGCCCCUUUGACUGAAGAGGAAAAGAAACAAAAGAUUGCAGAACUUCGCGAGAAGGCCAAAGAGAAGAGAGCCAGACAGGCUAUUAUCGACAAAGAAGAAGCCAAGCGCAACGAGCAAAUCCGAAUGAAGUCAACCAAGGAAGUUUCAGACGCAAAGGAGAAGCUCGCCCGCGACCAACAAAUCAAAGAAGCACAAGCCAAGCGUGCGGAAAAAGCAGCCGACAUCCAAGCAAAGAAGAGAAUCCAAGAGAAAAUCGCCGCAGACAAAGAAGAACGACGUCUCAAAGCCGAAGCCGCCAAAGCUCUCCGAGAAGGUCGUGCUCCCCCAGCUCAACAAGCCGCUCCCGUAGUCGCUCCUGUCGCUUCCUCGACCGGCGCACCAAAAGUCCACACGGAAUCGCGAUUGAGAUUACAAACCGCUACCGGGACCAUGACCAAGACUUACCCAGUCGACACAACACUUUUUGAAAUCUCUCAGCAGCUCGAGGCCGAGCUCGGUGCCGUUAGUAGUUUCACAAUGACAUUCCCAAAGAAGACCUUCGAGGGUCCAGUCGAUUUCGGGAAGACGUUGAAGGAGGCAGGCUUAGUUCCUUCUGCUGUUUUAAUCGUCAAGUAA